AUGGGGUGUGGCCAAUCGAAAGCGACGGACGUCGCAGUGCCGACAGCAGCAGCCGUUCCAGUCACUUCAGAGGGCAAAGACGUUUUGAUUGACCACGAGACUCUAGCGUCCAAGACGACAACCGAAGAGCUCCAGAACGACCAGGAAGCUCCAGCCAUUGACGAUACGAACCAAGAAGAGGAAGAAGACAAGGAUCAAGUGCUUCCCGAAACGCAACCAGUGCCUGUCACAGAGCCAAUCACGGACGCUUCUGUGACUCCGGACAGCGUAUCGGUUGACGUGCCCGAUAGCGUCCGUGCGAACUUUUCGUCGUUCAACAUUUCGUUCAUUGAUCCGAGUGUGAGUGCUCCGACGAGUGCAACGACGGAGCCGAAUGUCGCGUCUAUGCGCGUUAUGUCGGACAAGAUGUCGCAACGAGGGGACGACAAUGUGGGAGAGAGCGACGAUCGGGUGGACCGGGCGGAAGAACCGGCUCUCGAGGUGAAGUCGGUGGAAAGUGGGGAGAUGCAGCAGGUUGAUACGAUUGAGGGAGAUGAGGUGGAGGCUGGGAAGGAGAGGGGGGAAGAGAUGCUGGAUGUGGAAGAGGAGAGUGUGGACAAUGGUGGAGAUGGUGAGGCUGUUGUUGAGGUUGGAGCAGUUGGAGCGAACGUGACGCAGGUUGGUGCUCUUGAAGCGUUGGUGAAGGAGGAGAAGGUGGUUGUGGAGGAGAAAGAUGGUCAAUCGAGUGGGGAGAGCGAGGUGGUUGAACUGGUUUAUCACGUGGAUACGGGAGUGGAGUUGAUGAUUGAGAAGAAGAGUGCUGAGAUUCUUGUGGAGCAGGGUGAUGAUUUACUUGAGGGGGAUGGCUGCUGGGUCGUUUGA